AUGCGUGUGAGUACCAAAGGAUUUUCAAAAAUGAAGAACCUGAGACUACUCCAAAUUGAUCAUCUUCCUCUUGAAGGGAGCUUCAAGGACAUGUUUACAGAGCUUAGAGUGUUAAAAUGGCAUCAUUGCCAUUUGGAACACUUCCCAUCGGAUUUGCAUGCGGACAAACUUGUUAUUUUGGAUGUGAAAUACAGUAGCUUCAAAGAGUCCCCUAGUACAAAGCACUUAAGGUGUUUGAAGAUUUUGGAUCUGAGCUAUUGUGAGAGUCUAGUGAGAACUUCAGACUUCACUGGUUCACCAAUGCUUGAGAAACUACUUUUCAGAGGUUGUUCUAGUUUGACUGAGGUGCAUUCAUCAAUUGAAUAUUUGGAGGUUCUUGUGUAUUUAGAUUUCACUGGGUGUAAGAAACUUAAGGGACUACCUGAAAGCAUCUGUAAGCUGAAAUCGCUCGAGAAGCUAUAUCUGAAUGAUUGUACAAAUCUACAAAAAUUGCCUGCUGACAUGGGGAAUCUUAGGCGUUUGAUGGCACUUAAUGCAAUGGGAACAUCUAUUAAACAACUACCAGUGUCUUGUGGACUUCUGAAGAAUCUUCAACUCUUGGAAAUGGGAAAUGGCUGCAAAAUUUUACAACCUAAAUCUCGUCCUUCCAUCAUUUCAUCCAUUUUAGCAUCAAAAGAUCGUGAUAUUCUUCCAUCUUCUAUUAUAAAUUUACCGUCCUUAGAAGUUCUAAAAGUUCCUUUCUUCAAUCCGUGCCAAAGAUAUAUUCCCAAUUGUCUUGGCCGAUUAUUCUCACUGGAAGUCUUAGUUUUAAGUGGAAAUAACUUUCACAGCCUACCCCUCACUCUUAGUCACCUAUGCAAGCUAAAAACCCUUAGCCUCUAUGGAUGCCCGAAUCUCCUUAUGCUCCCAAAUCUUCCUUGUAACCUAGAAGCACUAUCCACAAGGAAUUGCAGGUCACUAGAAAUGCUUCCAGAUUUGUCAAGUGCAAACAGAUUGCAACUGUUGGAUUUCUGUGAUUGCAGUAAAUUGGUUGAGAUUCGGGGCCUUGAGAACCUUAAAUACUUGAAGUAUAUGAAUGCAAUAGGUUGUAUGCUAAGAAAAAAUCCUCUACCUGAAGGCUUUUUCAAGGCAAAUUCUGCACCCAAUGGUGUAAAUGUUUUUCUUCACUAUGAUGAGAUUCCUAGCUGGUUAAGCUAUCGGGUUGUGGGAUCUUCAAUAUCUUUGAUUGUUCCACGAUACAGGGAACAAGAAUUCCUUGGAAUGAUUGUUUGGGCUAUUUGUGAAUCUCAAGGAGAACAUUAUGUUCGAAUCCCCAUUGCUAUCAUCACUGACCAGACAAAUAAGAUUGAAUAUCCUCUUUUUGGUGUAGAUAUUUUAGUACGGUAUGAGAGUUAUGCAUGGGUGAGCUAUAUGACAAGACGACAUUUCAAACGCCCAAUCAAAGGCGGUGAGAAAAUGAUGGUUUCUAUCAAAGAGCAUCAUUCAUCAAAGGAAAGUUUAGGAAAGAAGUUUGGGGUUCAUCUUUUGUUUGCAACCAGCCCAAAAGGAAAGUCAUUACCUUUGAGCAGAUUGCGACAGAGAUGA